AUAUCCUUUCAUCCGUGAUGAAUGCAGAUGUGGGUUGGAUGCACCAUUGAUGACAACAUGGACUGAUGCUAAUCCAGGACGUCGUUUCUAUGGGUGUGGAAUGUAUAAGAUUCAGGGACACAAAAUGUGCAACCAUUUUGUUUGGUACGAUGAAGAGACGACUCCAAGAGCAAAAGAGUUAAUUUCUUCAUUGAAUGAGCAGUUAAUUAUAGAGAAGAAUAAAGCCAAUGAAUUCAAACAGAAGGAGAAUGACUUGACUGUGAAGAUGAAAUUUGUGAAAUUGCAGUUGAAGUUUACAAUUGGGAUGAGCAUUGUGUUAUUAAUGGGACUGGUUGCAACAAUUGGGAUGCACAUUAGGUUUUGAAACAACCUUGUCAUGCUGUUGAUUAGUUACUUAGGUUUUUAAACCAUGCUGUGAUGUUGUUGUUUAGUUGGUUAGGUUUUGGAAACAUCCAUGUUGUGGUGUUGUUUUUUAGUUGUUUAGGUUUGUGAAACAACCAUGUUGUGGUGUUGUUGUUUAG